AUGUGGACACACCUUUCACGACUUGCGACGGGUGGAGGCGGCGGUAGACACCUCCGCGGUCCUGGUGAAACCCAACUUGAAAUGGACAGACGUUGGGUCCGUAGGAACAUCGGACAUGUCAGAAAAGCACUUGAAUCUGUUGAAAAGCAACGCCAUACUCAGCGGCGAAAUCGGUCUGAAAAAAUCAAAGUGUCUCUCGUCGGAUACACCAAUGCAGGGAAAUCAACGCUAUUCAACGCCCUGACGGGCGAAACCGUUUUGGCUGAAGAUAAAUUGUUCGCAACUUUAGAUUCUACCACACGGAAGGUGGAUUUGCCGCAAAAGCAACAAAUUCUGGUGACCGAUACCGUCGGAUUUAUCAAGAAGUUGCCACACCAGUUGGUUGCCGCAUUCAAGGCUACACUCGAAGAAGUCUUAGAGGCAGAUCUUUUGCUUCAUAUUGUUGAUGUGAGUCAUCCAGAAGCAGAGGCACAGAUUGCCGCUGUGAAUGUAGUCCUUAAAGAAUUGGAUGCUACUGACAUUCCGAUGUUCAUGGUUUUCAAUAAAAUUGAUAGGCUCAAAAGUGAUGAGGAAUUACACAUCUUACAGUGCCAAUAUCCGGAUGCUCUGCCUAUCUCAGCGCAACGCGGCGACGGCAUUCCAGCGUUAAUAGAUGCUUUGGCACAUCGUUUUGCCGAACAUGGCACGGAUCUCUCUCUCUGUAUUCCGUAUAUAGAGGGGAAGGUGCUCGACUUACUGCAUAAGCACGGCAUAGUGCUUGAUAUUAAAUACGCAACGGAAGCCGUUUACGUCGAGGUACGCUUGCCGAAUCGCUAUCUCAAAUCGGUCUCUCAAUUUUUGGUUUCUUCCUAA